AUGUUCAAAAACACAUUCCAGAGUGGCUUCCUCUCCAUCCUCUACAGCAUCGGGAGCAAGCCUCUGCAGAUCUGGGACAAAAAGGUACGAAAUGGUCACAUCAAAAGAAUCACUGAUAAUGACAUCCAAUCCCUGGUACUGGAGAUUGAAGGGACAAAUGUCAGCACCACGUACAUUACCUGCCCUGCAGACCCAAAGAAGACGCUAGGAAUUAAACUUCCCUUCCUCGUCAUGAUUAUCAAAAACCUAAAGAAAUAUUUUACCUUUGAAGUACAGGUACUCGAUGACAAGAACGUACGUCGGCGGUUUAGGGCAAGUAACUACCAGAGCACGACGCGGGUCAAACCCUUUAUCUGCACCAUGCCCAUGCGGCUGGAUGACGGCUGGAACCAGAUCCAGUUCAACCUGUCAGACUUCACCCGGCGGGCAUAUGGCACAAACUACAUUGAGACCCUACGAGUGCAGAUCCACGCAAACUGUCGCAUACGACGGGUUUACUUCUCAGACAGACUCUACUCUGAAGAUGAACUGCCAGCAGAGUUCAAACUGUAUCUCCCAGUUCAGAACAAAGCAAAGGCCCUGUUUGAGGGCAGGCCCCUUUAUGCUAAGCUCUGGGUUCCCUCUAUCACAGUGGUGGUGCUGCCCACCUGCCUGCUGCUGAUGCGUGUGCAUCCCCCGGCCCAGGCCCAAGGGAGGGGCACUAGAGCCAGGCCACCAGUGGCACUGGCCAUCUCUUUUCUGAUCAUAUAA